GGGGGGAACGGGGCCGCUGGCACUCGCAAGAGUACCCCCUGGACCAGGAGUACCCGCCGCUAGACGACGCGCCGCCCUCUGAGUACGAGAUGCAGCGUCAGCGCCAAGAGGAGUACCAGAGCCGGUACCGGUCGGACCCCAACCUGGCGCGGUACCCGGUGAAGCCGCAGCCGUACGAGGAGCAGAUGCGCAUGCACGCCGAGGUGGGCCGGGCGCGCCACGAGCGCCGCCACAGCGACGUGUCGCUGGCGUACACCGAGAUGGACGAGGCGGAGAUGGGGCCCGUGCGGCUGUCGCGGCAACACCUGACGGAGCGCCGGCCGCCCAUGGUGGGUCAGAGGUCGUACUCGAUGGACCGCUCCUCGCCGGGGCCCCCCGGCUCGGGCAUGGGGGCCGGCCACCGGGGUUCCAACCACAGCCCGCCCACCCCGCACCGGAGCCCCGUCCUGGGGGAGAGGGGGGACCUGCGCCGGGGGGAGGACCCCAUGAGGAGGGGGGGCCAGCACCACCUGGACCCCAGCUCGGCGGUGAGGAAGACCAAGAGGGAGAAGAUGGAGACCAUGCUGAGGAACGACUCGCUCAGCUCCGACCAGUCCGAGUCGGUCCGCCCGCCCCCGCCCAAGCCUCACAAGACCAAGCGGGGCGGGAAGAUGAGGCAGGUGUCUCUCAGCAGCUCGGAGGAGGAGCUGGCCACCACGCCCGAGUACACCAGCUGUGAGGAUGUGGAGAUUGAGAGUGAGUCUGUCAGCGAAAAAGGAGAUUUGGAUGGCCACUGGUGGGACCAUUCUUCCUGGCACAGCAGUGAGGCCUCCCCAAUGUCUUUGCACCCGGUGACAUGGCAACCUUCCAAAGAUGGUGAUCGUUUGAUUGGUCGGAUCUUGCUCAACAAGCGUCUCAAGGAUGGCAGCGUGCCACCAGACUCGGGAGCGUUGCUGGGACUGAAGGUGGUGGGUGGGAAGAUCACAGAGUCGGGCCGGCUGUGUGCUUUCAUCACCAAGGUCAGAAGAGGAAGCCUGGCGGACACAGUGGGCCACCUUCGACCAGGUGACCAAGUGUUGGAGUGGAAUGGCAGACAUUUACAAGGAGCCACGUUUAAAGAAGUUUACAAUAUUAUCCUCGAGUCCAAACCCGAGCCCCAGGUGGAGCUGGUGGUCUCUCGACCUAUAGGAGAUAUUCCUAGGAUACCAGACAGCACACAUGCACAACUGGAAUCAAGUUCGAGUUCCUUCGAGUCCCAGAAGAUGGACCGCCCCUCCAUCUCCGUCACGUCUCCCAUGAGCCCCAGCGUCCUGAGGGACGCGCCCCAGUACCUGUCAGGGCAGCUCUCAGUCAAGCUGUGGUACGACAAGGUGGGCCACCAGCUCAUCGUCACCAUCCUGGGAGCCAAGGACCUGCCUUCCAGGGAAGAUGGCCGCCCCAGGAAUCCCUACGUCAAGAUCUACUUCCUCCCCGACAGAAGUGACAAAAGCAAGAGGAGAACAAAAACGGUAAAGAAAUCCUUAGAGCCCAAAUGGAACCAGACGUUUAUGUACUCCCCGGUCCACCGGAGGGAGUUCAGGGAGCGCAUGCUGGAGAUCACGCUCUGGGACCAGGCCAGGGUCCGGGAGGAGGAGAGCGAGUUCCUGGGGGAGAUCCUGAUCGAGCUGGAGACGGCCCUGCUGGAUGACGAGCCCCACUGGUACAAGCUGCAGACCCACGACGUGUCCUCCGUCCCUCUGCCCCGCGCCUCCCCCAACACACACCGCAGGCAGCUGCACGGGGAGAGCCCCACGCGCAGGCUACAGAGAUCCCAGAGGAUAAGCGACAGUGAGAUCUCAGACUACGACUGUGAGGAUGGUGUCGGGGUUGUGUCAGACUUACGUCAGAACGGCAGGGACCUCCAGAGCUCCACAUUGUCCGUACCAGAGCAGGUGAUGUCAUCCAACCACUGCUCGCGCUCAUCAGAUAUUAACCGUGCACGGUCACGGUCGCCCAGCGUCCCCCCACCUCAGAGGGCGCACCCCCAAAGCGGAUCAGCCCAAACCAGCCCCAACAGCACCCCCAUGUCCAACAGGAAAGGACGGCAACUACCCCAACUGCCCCCCCAGGGGAAACUGGACAGAAAAGAUGGAUCAGAAGGAACGGAGGCUUGUGAAGGUGCGAUGGAGGUGGAGGAGAGGACCAGGCUGAUGAAGCUGAAGAUGAACCAGUACAGGCGGGGAGGAGGCUCUGACUCACGGCUGGAGCAGGACUACCAGGGCAAGCGUUCUGGGAGAGAUGGUCACCGGGGUUCCGACAACCUGUCGGCUAAAUCAUCAGACAGUGAUGUAAGCGACGUGUCCGCUGUGUCGAGAACCAGUAGUGCCUCUCGCUUCAGCAGCACAAGCUACAUGUCUGUCCAAUCAGAGCGUCCGCAAGGAAACCGCAAUAUCAGGCAGAUGGGCACGUCCGGGGGCAACAUGACCAAGAGCACAAGCAUCGGCGGCGACAUGUGCAACCUGGAGAAGACGGACGGGAGCCAAUCAGACACGGCCGUGGGCACGGUGGGCACCGGCGACAAGAAGAGACGCUCGAGCAUCGGUGCCAAAAUGUCCGCCAUCGUGGGCAUCUCCAGAAAGAGCCGGAGCACCUCCCAGCUCAGCCAAACAGAAGCGGGCGGUAAGAAGCUGCGCAGCACCAUCCAGCGCAGCACGGAGACAGGCCUGGCCGUGGAGAUGAGGAGCAGGAUGACCCGGCAGGCCAGCAGGGAGUCCACCGACGGCAGCAUGAACAGCUACAGCUCCGAGGGGAACCUCAUCUUCCCCGGCGUGAGGCUGUCUUCAGACGCGCAGUUCAGCGACUUCCUGGACGGACUCGGACCCGCCCAGCUCGUUGGACGACAGACAUUGGCCACGCCCCCCAUGGGUGACAUCCAGAUUGGCAUGGUGGAUAAGAAGGGGGCGCUGGAGGUGGAGGUCAUCCGAGCCCGCGGCCUCGUAGGAAAGCCAGGUUCCAAGGCACUGCCAGCACCAUAUGUAAAGGUCUACCUUUUGGAAAAUGGAGCCUGCAUAGCCAAAAAGAAAACAAAAGUAGCAAGAAAAACCUUGGACCCCCUUUACCAGCAGGCACUGCCCUUUGAGGAAAGUCCAGGAGGGAAGGUCUUACAGAUCAUUGUAUGGGGAGACUACGGGCGCAUGGACCACAAAUCUUUUCUGGGAGCCGUACAGAUACUCUUAGACGAGCUGGACCUGUCCAACAUGGUGAUUGGCUGGUUCAAGCUCUUUCCUCCUUCCUCAUUGGUGGACCCUACCCUGGCCCCCCUGACUAGAAGAGCUUCCCAGUCUUCAUUGGACAGUUUCUCGCGGUCAUAGCAGCCUGUGGACUGACUGACCAGCAUCGUUGUAGCAGCCAGGGUGCGAGGUUUUCAGAAAGGUCAAGGGUCGCCACGGUAACAGGCCAUGCGCAAACCACCCCCCCCCCCUUUUCCCCGCCCCCUGGUUACACUGCAUGCUUGAUGUUGUGUUCUCUAAGCCUGUCUAAGGGGCGCACACGUGGUCCUGGAUUUGGAGUGGAAAAAGCGGCGCGCACGCUUGUGCACGCUCGCAAGCUCCACGACUGGGAAGCGGCGAUCACAACAGGAAGCUGGAAUUAACUCCUUAAGCACGAGGGAUAGCUGUUCGAUUCCGGGUUUUCAUCCAAUUUUUGAAGCCAUUUGGGGUCAGAACUGGGAACCGCUAAAGCGUUCCACAGAUGCCCUUUUUUCGAAUGAAAAAUAAAUGUUAUGUUUUCAUUUAAUUUUUCAGAUUGUAAUUUUUUUUUUUUUUUUUGUUUUUGUUAAUUUUUUUAUUGUCAAUGUACUUGUACCUGAAAGGGGUGACAGUGCUGCUUACCUAAAGCUUGGUCACACCAUGCCAACAGACGUAGCUUUGUUAAUGGAGCUAUGAGUAUGGUACUCAUUGGAGAGGUGUGCCCCAGCUACAGUAGCUACCAGCCUCCCUAGACACCACAGGCCUCAGAUACGUGACUGUGCUGAGUCACGACACAGGUCGAUCACCAGAGAGACUCUACUUAAGUUAUUAAAGGCAAUAGUGAAGUGGCUACCGCACCAUCGACGCUCCACAACCCAAUGAUCAGAACCUGCUACAAGACGAACUUGUAUGAUCUGACAUCAUCAUCUCUCUGUUGAUAUAUUGUAUGAAAUUUCAAUGAGAAAAAAAAAUACUUUUGUUUUGCAUGGACUCAAAUUUAGCUGAAUAAAAAAAAGAAAGAAAUAUGAAAAUUAUUUUCUUGAGGCUGCAACUUGCAAAAAAAGACAAAGAAAAAUAAAUAAAACAGAUCAGCCAUUUUCAACAAUUUAUAUUAUUUUUAAAGAUAACUAGUGCAUGGUUUUCAAGGGGAGUGAAUGCCACAGCGUGAUUAAGAAGAAUCAUAGUUUAUCAUUCUUUAGACCAUUCAACAGUCUGUGUUUUUGCAGACCUUCAUUUAAGGGGAACUUAAAGACUACUUUUGGAAUUAUUUAACAAAAGAAAAAGUGACAAAAGUGAUGAUGGGAACAUAAUGUAAAUGAUUUAGUUCAUUGUAAAAGGCAGAAGUCUUUUGAUUACAAAAAUAUUUUCUCUUGUCCCAGGGUAACCAUUGUACUCUCCAUCUCUUCAUUGCUACUGUUGUCCAAUCCCCCUGUUAUUGUCUAGAUUUCUAGGGCUGUUGAUUCAUUUACAGUUCUGUAUAGUUUCGUUAUGUAUUUAUUUUGAAUUUGAUUUUUUUAACAAGCAUGUUGAAAAGGAUUUUCUGCAACAUGGCUUGGGCACACCUUACAGUAACUCAGCAUGUUUUGAUAGAGAUGAUAUUUGGAGAUUUUGCAGUUUCUUGUACAGUGCAUGUCAACUUCGUUACUUUUCUCCCUCACCUUCAAUUGAAUUCUCUACAGAAAAUUAGUUACUGGUCUUUCGUGACCGAUUAUUAAAAAGGUUUAAAUCUAAACAUUCCACCCCAAGGAUCAUAUUUUCUUUCAAAACUGAAAAAAAGAUGAGGAAAAUAUUUUAUAUUUAUGGAGGUUGACAAAAAAGUUGUGAUUGCAAGUGUAUUUUAUUUCAGUAUUGUUAACUAACAUGCAAAAAUAAUCUGUAUUGGUACAGCAAGAGGUUUAUACCCAAGCAAGAAAAAGUUAGCAUAUGAUUUAUGUAUGCUGCUGUGAAGUUCAAUUCUACAGGAACUGUUUAGUGAAGGUGAAUGCACCAUUAGGUCAAACAUGGGAUAUUGCCACUCAAAAGGAUUUUUCGUUCUUGUUUUAUGAAAAUAAAGUUCAUUUAAUA